CAGCGUACUCACCUCUGUACAAAUAACAUUACCUGUUAGCACGCUGCUGCGCCACACAGACGGCUCUACCGCAAGAACUAACUUUCAUCUGAGACCAACGUACUGAGAAAGGUGGGCGUCACUGGAGAUCGACAACAUGGGCGCUUCCAACACCAAACUCGGCACAAUUCGGCAGAAACCGGGCGAGAGAAACACCCCAGACCGCAUGGACCUCAUCAUGGAGGACGCCUGCAUCGCCCUGCACCUCAGGGUCAAGCAGAAGGUGAUGAAGAUGUCAAAUCUCCCUACCGCCGUGCGGGACAAACACAUCUGCAUCUUCCUGGAGAACCUGACGAGCAGUAAGGAGUUUUUCCAGUGGGAGCUGUACCAGGCUUUACGGAGCCGGCUCUCCGUGAAGUAUUGGGUUAGACUACACAACAGGGUCUUCGAGAACAGUGAAGAGAGCUUAGACAUUACGGUACGGCACAUGAACAGAAGAGAGCUUGCCGCAGUGGUUGAGGUCCGCAAGGUUCCGGUCUGGGACCGGCAAACUCUCAAGAAAGACUUGGGUCGUCUCAGCUCCCUCAUGGCGGAGGGAAACGCCGAGAGAGGCUACCUGGUCGUGUACGGCACCUUCCCGAAGGGAUUCCAGCCUCCAGUACUCAUGAUAGACCGGGAGAAAGUGCCGAAAGUGGUGCCGAAACAAGACGACGUACGGCGGAAAGUUCCCGCGCAGACUUCCAGCGAUGACUACCUGGAGAGGGUAAAGGUCACGGUGGCGGAGAACGCUGAUUGGUUGAAAGUUGCGGAGAGGGAGACAGUGGCAGCGGGCGUGGCCAAGUUCUCCAUGGACCUGCCUGGAGUGGUAAAACUCCAACCGGAGAAAUUCCGGAUCCGUGUCUACCGCGUGGUGCAUCGUCCCCAGGACAGCGUGGAGGAUCCGGAUGACGUCACAAACCCUGCCGACGCCACACAAGGUGCCACGGAAAACGUGACGUCAACCCCGCGAAAAGCUGAAGGACCAACCGGAAGUGACGUCUUGGUGACGCCACGAAAACUGGAGUUACCGGAAAGAGUUGCCGAAGAUGACGUCACGUCCACGCCACGAAGUCUGGAGUCUCCACAGGUGCCGGCGAUGGGCUUCACAGCAGAGGAAAAAUUGGAGUUCAGAAAAGUUGGGCUGGACCUGUCUCCUAGAAAAGAGACAAGCCCCAGACAUCCAACUGACAGUCCCGAAAUAGAAGAGAUCUCUGAAUCAGAGGAAGAAACAAAUUCCAAACUGUAGAUGUUCAUGUAGACUGAAUGGAAAUAUUGUGAAUUUGUUUUACGCUAAGUACUAGUAUUACGUUCGAUGGUUGGGUGGCAAGAACUUUCUUGAAUUCCUGAUAUUUGUCGUGUUUUUUAGUGCAACCUUUCAAAAUUGAUAAGAUUUUUCUG